AUAUUAUACAAGUUCAUGCUGUUAGGGAGGUAUGUGAAAGAGAGUGUUUCAGGAGGGAAUCUUGUAGUCAGAUGUGGGUCCUGCACAAAUAAUAGAAAGUUCACUUUGGGCAUUAUUUACAUGGUGGUUGCAUUGAGAUUACAAUGGUCAGGCUUAGCAGAUAGACUAGGCAGGACAUAUAGCCUGGUAUGUUAAUUCUACUUCAUUGUAAAGCUACAUUAGGAGAGUCUUGUGAGUCUAAAAGGACAGUCCUCUCACCGUCACUUUUACAGCCUCAUAACCUGGGAGGCUGCUCUUCCUGAGUCUCUUGUUCCGUGCUUACUGUGCCCUGUGGGCUGUGCUCACUCUUAUUUGACCUUUGCUAGGUAGCAUUACUUUGCCCAGUCUCCCAAAGUAAUUCCACAUACCAUUACAACAGUAGAGGUCUUUGCGAACAACUUUAAUCAGGACCAACAACUCGGCCUCUAAGUGAAUUCAUUAAGUGAGAAAUCACAUGGCUACAACUGUUCUUUCUAGCUGGAAAGAGACUACAGGCAGUCCACUCAUUCUGUAAUGAUUAUGACUGGUCCUCAAAGUUCUGGCUGUCCCAAAAUCUUCAUAAUCGUGAUCACAAUCUGGACACUUGUCAAGUGGCUCAUCCGAUGGUUGCAGCAUCUCAUGUUUGCAUUUUGCAACCUUACCUCCCAGCUUCCCACAAUGGAGAAGCCAGUGGGGAAAGUUGCAAGUUGCUCAGUUAAGUCUACUCACUUGCACACACUCCCCCAGCCCCUCUGCAUUCAGCUCUGCCACUUGCACACCCUUCCAAAUCCUUGAUGCAUUCAUGCAGCAUAUUCCCACCCCCACCCACCCCUUAAUUCCCCUCUCUUAUCCAGCAAGAGCCACUUACCUUCCUGGUUGCAGAGUGCCUGCGACUUGCAACUUCCUGCUGGCUUCCCUGCUUACUUUGUUGAAAGCUGGCAGGAAGUUACAAGGAGGUGUUUGCUUAAUGAUUCUUCAUUUAACAACAGCAAUAGGGACUGCAGGGAUUGCCAUCGCUAAGCAAUGCAGUUAUGUGGCAUGCUUUACAAAUGAACUUAAUAAUGGAACUCAAUUGCCAUCAUAACUACCUAUAGUUUGCUUUUGUUUGCUUUCAAGAGUUUAGUGUCUUCUGCAGAUGGAAAGCUAUGUGAUCAUAGUGGCAGCCCCAGAAUGGGAGUCAUAGGCAAACUAUAGAAAUGGCUUGCAGUAUUCCUUUGAAAAUUCCUCUUGUUUCUCCAGUGGGGGAAAUUAUUUUUUUCAGCAUUGUCAUAACUUUGAAUAGUCGCUGAUUGAAUAGUCCAUAAGGAUGAUCUGUAUAAAAUGUGUACAAAAGCUAAUGAUCAUGCUUCAAAGCAGGACUUGAGAGGUAGGCAGCUAGAGAUGGGUUAUAAAUCAUCCAUCGUUGGGGAAAAAGCAAAGCUUAAUGCAUUUCAACAGGAUUAUGAUUUAUUAGAAGAAAAAAAUUCCUAAGAUCUGUGCUGUGCUGGAUCCAGGGGAUUUUAUUAAGGACAAGGGUGACCAACUAAGUUUGACAAUUAAGAGGAGUAGGGAAAGAAAAUCUAAAACAUUCUCCCCAGAAUCAAUAGGCAGUAAAAUGUUAGCCAGUGGCUUUGCAUAUUUUAACAUAUUUAUAAUGAUGAUUAAUACUACUAUGAUGUAGUUGAAGGAGAAAAAAAAUAUGUUUCUUUGCUUUUUAAAAAAGUACUUUUUUAAAUGUGUUUGCAGUCUGAUAAUGAAUUAUCAGAAUUAUCAACAAAGUUGUCAGCUAGCUUGGUUAGGAAUCUGUUCAAUCUCCCACUUGCUGCAGUUUGUCUCCCAGUUGAUAUCAGGGUAGUUAAAGUCUCCCAUUACUACUGUGGUAUGUUUCCUACAUACGUUUGUUAAUUUUUUAGCAAAGAGUUCAUCUAUUUCUUCUGUUUGGUUGGGUGACCUGUAGUAUAGGCCUAUAUAGCAAUGUCAUUCUUUUUUCCUUUUGUUGUUUAUUGGAAUGAUGAUAAAUAAUUCAGUAAGAGGGACAAAGUAGAACAGUGAGGGCUAACCUUUUUGCCAUCACAUACCAAAAGUGGGAGGAGCAUGGGGGGGUGUCACGCACGCACGUGUCCACACCCAUAAUUCAAUGCGCCCCACCUCCCCACAUGCAUGCGCGACCGCCCACUCUCCCUUCCUGCUUUUGGCAUGUGAUGGCACGGUGGGCCUGGUAGGCCUAUUUUGUACCCUCCCCAAGCUCCAGAGGCUUUCUUGGAGCCUGGGGACGGUGAAAACAUCCUUCCCCGCCUCUCUAGAGGCCGGAAACAGCCCGUUUCCCAACUUCUAGUGGGCCUGGAAGGCCCGAAAAUUAGCUGGCCGGCACGCGCAUGUGCCCUGGAGCUGAGCUAGGACAACACUCGCGUGCCCACAGAUAUGGCUCUGCAUGCCACCUGUGGCAAGUGUGCCAUAGGUUCACCAUCACGGAUCUAGAAUAUUGGUUUAAAGUCAAAUAAUAAAGUGUUAAAGUAAUAAUCUAUAGUAGCACCAUUAUUUUUGGUACAUAAUCUUGUACAAUUAUGGCUGGUAUAUUUUAAAAAAAAUGAAGUUGAAAAAAGAUCCUGAAAUGAGCAGCUCAGAGAUAGGAGCUGAUGAAAUUCCAUUAGAAAUGGUAAUUUUUUUUCUACCAAUAAGUCAGAAAAAAUUACAUAACAUUUAUACAAUUCCAUAUUAAUGAAAGAUUGUAUGCAUGUAAAAAACUGAACGCUAAUAAAUUAAAUAUAGUGACUGGAAGUUGAAAAAAAUCCCACAAGAAAAAUAAAAACUAAUUUUGUAUAUUGUAUUUUUAACAAGAAUACAUGUCCAUGGUCAAUUCCAAUUUCAAGACAAUUUUAUUGUAGUACACUGCAGCAAAAGCAAAAGGGCAGACAUCUGUGGCACCUGUCUUCAGCUCCUUAAACUCAAUGUUUUUUGCCCUGAAGGAUCACAAUCCACCUAUGGAAAGCAACCAUGCAAACUUAGGAAAUGAUGUAGCUGCUUAAUUUUUUCAGACAAGACAUAACUAAAAUAUCACUAGUGUAGUUCAUAUGUAGUGAAUUUCAUCAACUGUGAUGAACACUACAGUACAUAAAAUGGUGACUAAACAACCCACAACUUUUUUGCUCAUUGUUUCAGAAAUAUUUCCUUAUCUAAACAGAGAAAUAGAAUGAUCACAGCCAGGCAAAAAAGCAGUGGGAGCAGGAGCAACUUCUGACAUCCUGCUGAUUUCGCCAUUGACUUUCCUUGUAGGAAACAGAAAUCCAUUUUAGAAGUUCUGGUUCCUAGGCAUAAGUAUACACCACAGCCUCUUUGCUGUUCUGAAAGGCUAGAGAUAGACUCAUGAUUAGAAAGUGAACAGCAUCUCCUAAAAUUAACUACGAACAUCUUAGAAACAUGUAAGAGCUGAAACAAUUUACCAUUGAAUUCUUGAAAAUAACUAUUCCAAGGUGCGAUUAAAUGGAAAAUUAAUGUAAUUGCACUUGUUAACUGGAUGGAAGCCCCGGAAACUAUAGAAAUUUGCAUAUACCUGUUAACUAAUAAAUCCCUAAGACCACAUUUAGCAUGGCAUAGAAUAUUAAUUGUUAGCUAAACUGGUUUUCAACAAAGCAUCAAAUCAGUUUGUUUUUAUUUUAUACCUAUUAAUGCUUUAGAUUUAUCACCCAGGUAACACCUGUAUUGUCAUUGUAACGAAGAAUGCCCUGUGAUUUAAUCUGCUAAGUAUAUUAUUGUAUUUAUUUCCUUCACUUUGUUUUUACAUUUUGCUUGUUGUUGACCAAAUAAAUAUUGAUUUAUUUGUACUCUUUUGAAGGAUUUUUAUGAAAAAAAAUCAUCCCUAAAUUUGUUGUAAACCCUAUUUAGGUUUUAUUUACCGUGUUUCCCUGAAAAUAAGACCCUGUCUUAUAUUUUUUUGAAACCUGAAAUAAGCACUUGGCCUUAUUGCUAUGCGCUCAAAAGCCUGAUUGGGCUUAUUAUCAGGGGAUGUCUUAUUUUGAGGGAAACAGGGUACUUCCUCUGUUACUGUAAUAAACAAUUUGUGCUUCCGUGAAAGAGUGUGUAAUGAACCCUUUUAUAAAUAAAAUUUGUGGGAAAUUGAUUUAGAGAAAUCUCUUACACUGUACCUCAAUAUAUUUGGCUUCCAUUAAUUUUUUUCUUUUAACAACAAAGUAGAUUACAACAAUUUUUUUCUUUUACAAUAAAGUAGAUAAUUCAGAGGCCUGAGCCUCUCUUAAUGAGCUUUAUGGUUGAGUGAAAUGUUAAUCUUCAUCUCAAUUAGAUAUUAAUAUCCUUAAUCACAAUAAUAUAUUGCUCCCUAAAGUAGCUAGGAAAAGGAUUGUACACAAAUGCAGAGUGUGCACCAAGAUGAGUCUGUAUGCUGUAGCACUAUAUUGUAGUCCAACUAUUGAAAUACAUAUUGCCAAAUUAUCAUUUUUUAUAUUUAAUAAUGUAUCCUUUUGCCAAAUCAAUUUAAAUUCAGAAUAAAAGUUGAAUCAUUGAAUCUGAAUUGAACUUCCAAGUCAAAUCUUUGCCUUAAUGGAUAACAAAUAGCUACCAGGUUCAAGAAACAAAGAUAUGGUCUGUAGUAUUGUUUAAAUAGCCUAAAAUGCAAUCACUAUUGCUAUAUUAUGAAAUUCCAGUUCUGAAUUUUAAAAGCAUGAUUAUUUACUUUUGAGACCAGCAAAAUGUAUAGAAUUGUGAUUUUUGUAGAGUAACAAGAAUAAGAUUAUUUGGGUUUGGAAAGUAAUCAAGAAAAGAUCCAGAAAUUCAGCAAAUAAACAGAUUUUUAAACGCCACAAUCAUGAGGUGUCUGGACUGUGGGCAGAAGUAUAGAUUAAGGUUGAAUUUUCCACGACACUUUUUUUUCGUGUCUUCAAGUCAGUGUUGAGUCUUGAUGCCUACCUAGACAAGUCCCUGCAGUUUUCCUGGCAAGAUUUCAGAAGUAGUUUGCCAUUGCCUUCUUCCUAGAGCUGAGAGAGGGUGACUGCCCAAGGCCACCCAGCUGAUUUUGUGCCUAAGGCAGAACUUUGUUCUAACUAUCUCCCAGUUUCUAGCUUUUACCCUUAACAAUUACAUCAAGGCUUCACCAAAAUGACUAUCUUUUUUUUUCAGGGGGGAAAUAAACAUUGUAGACUGGCAAAUCUCCACAACUUCCUGAAAUACCAGUCGUGAGGUUUCUGCUGUCUUUUUAAACAGUUUAGUUACAAAGUGCCCGGGAGACCAAUGCUGUAAACAAUGCAAUGUGUACAUAUGUUGUUUUUGUUGCUGGGCAAUCCUAUGCUUGUGAAAUUCUGUUGUAAGUAUAAGCAGAAAUUGAUUUAGGGGUGAGGUUUUUUUUGCAUAAAUUUGUAUAAUAUUGGGAUAUAUCUACUGCCAACUCAAUUUUCCUGUGAAGAAGAGGAUGAGUAAUCAAGAUGUAAUUGUUUUAAAUGUGGGUGGGCUUAAAUUUACCACAAGGCCUUCUACACUACGAAGGUUCCCGGAGUCAAGAUUGGCAAGAAUGUUGAAUGGCAAUGAUCCUGAAUUUAAGUUGCUAAAUGGCCAGUAUUUUGUGGACCGUGAUGGAGUUCUGUUCAGCUAUAUUUUGGAUAUCUUAAGAACGCUCCAGCUUGCCCUACCUACUGACUUCGUAGACUACAAGAGAUUGCAGAGAGAAGCUGACUUCUAUGAACUUUAUUCUGUGGCUGAUCUCCUACAUCAGGAAAAUUUGCUGAAACCCAAACCAGAGAUCUUAGAAAUACGAUUCUUGCUCCAGGAAAUGCAGGGCUUUUUCCGCAUAUUUGGUUCCUGCAGCAUUACUAUUGAUGAGCUGGCUGACCGGAUCACAACCUUUGCAGAAAAUUUUGUAGGAAUGAACUGGAAAAAUCAUCGUGUCCCUUCUCAGCAGUCACUGUCUCCCCUUUCUUUGGAGAGGCCUUCUCAUCAUGAUCUUGUCUUCCAGUGUGGCAUCACCUACAGCGAUCAAUCUGUUGCAAGAUAUGUUUCUAUAAAACCUGAUAAGAGAAAGCUGUUUAAUGGAGCUAAUGUUCUUGGAUUACUGAUUGAUAUUUUACUCAAAGAUGGAUUUCGUUUACUAAGUUCUAGGACCGUUUCAGCUGAGGAAAAAAUUGAAUGUUAUUGUUUUGAAAGAAUGAGAUCACCCGAGAUUUUUACCAUCAAUAUCACAGAAACAAAAAGAACUACUACUAAACCAUCAAAACAAAUCCAGAUGAACAGGACCAAAUGAUACAAUUUUUAAACAAAGAUUGUAUGAAGUAUAAAGUAUAAAGUUGUAUGUCAUCUGUCUCUUCUUGGGGAUGUUGAUGGCCAUAUAAAUGUGAUAAAUAAAUAAGCAAUUUUAAUUGAAAAAGAGCAAAAUUCUUGUUUGCAGCUUAGAAUUUUUUUUAGAUUUUUCUUAUUGAAAUGACAACUAGGGUAAAUUUAGGGAUAAAUUAUCAUUGGCCCCAGCUCCAGCCAUUACAGCUAAUGGUUUAGGAUAAUCAGAAUUAUUAUUAAGACCUGGAUGUUCACAGGUUAUUCAGUUCUGUUGUAAAGAAUUCAAUCAAUUCCCUUAUUCUUCAUGUCUCAACUUAUUUUUCCAACAGUCAUCAUGAUUUGUUGCUCAUGGAAGCAGUCUCUGGCAAGAUGUGGUGAUAUUGACUUUGGAGAUUUAUUGAUAUUGACAUUUUUAUUUAUUAUUCCCCCUCCACACAAGUAUUUUCUGUUCUCUUUGGUUCUACUUAGAAUAUUGGCAAUAUUGUACUUCAUUUUUUCAAUGUAAGUACAGUAGUGUAAAUGUAGUUCUUUUGUAUUUAUUACCUGCUAUUAAACCUAUGUAAAGAUUUA